ACGGCGCACGGGACUAGCCUAAGGGUGGCUCGUUCAAUCACAAUAAAGCAGCAUGAUGGAUGUGACUAUCCUGCUCUCGCACGUAAUCUUGGCUACUUUGAUACGCAUAUUAGAUGCACAGUCGUGUUCGGUAUACACUGCUGGCAGCACCGACACUAGUGAGGACAACACAAACACUAAUGCGGCCAUAUAUGUCAACAGAAGAGGAGCAGACAGAGCUCAGUGUAGUGGAACAGUGUAUGCAUGGCACUACUGCUACUACCCUGACAACAGUGAAACUGAUCUUCAAGUGGCAUUUGGGGUAUUCUCAUUCACCAGCAACAUAUACACUCUUCGCGACGGUAGCUACCAUCUUCUCCACAUGGAUAUGCGAGAAGAUACCUUCACUGUGACACUCUGACACUGGAUCCCUCGGAGUACUUCCAGAUACAGGAAGGAGACAGAGUGGGAGCUUGUCUCAGACCUGAUGGAGACACAGACUACCUUGACAUUCUCAGAGAUCAUACAAUAAGAAGAGUUCGAUUCAUGGACAGGUGGCGGCAGCUGCACAGAAGCAGAUAUGGAAAUAUCUCCUACUAUAGUAAUUCCAACAGACAAAGAGCACAGCUCCAUCUUUACGUGGAUAUCAACAUUGAUGAAUGUGCUGUGGGGGAGCACAACUGCCAUACAGAUGCUACUUGUUCAGAUAUUGUGGGAGCUGAUGGAAGCUUUCAGUGUUCUUGUAACACUGGAUACUCUGGAGAUGGUGUGAACUGCAUCAAUAUUGAUGAGUGUGCAACUGACAUGGACAAUUGUGCAGAGCAGGCUACAUGCAAUGACAAUGAAGGCAGCUUUACCUGUACAUGCAAUAAUGGCUACACUGGAAAUGGCAUCAGAUGUGAUGAUAUUGAUGAAUGUGCUACUGACAUGGACAACUGUGCAGAACAUGCCACAUGUACUGAUAUUGAGGGGAGUUACAGCUGUAACUGUGAUAUUGGGUAUACUGGAGAUGGCACAGAAUGCAUCGAUGUGAACGAGUGUGAAUUACAAGUCGAUAGCUGCGAUGAAAAUGCAAACUGUACUAACAUUGAUGGUGGACACAACUGUUCCUGUUUACCUGGAUACUCAGGAAAUGGAACAUAUUGUUAUGACAUCGAUGAGUGCACUACAGAUAUGGACAACUGUGCACAGAAGGCAACGUGUACCAAUACAGAUGGUAGUUUCUCCUGCAUGUGCAGUGAUGGCUACACUGGUUAUGGAGUGGUUUGUUAUGACAUAGAUGAGUGUGAAAAUAACAGUGACAGUUGUGAUGUAAAUGCAGACUGUAACAAUACCAAUGGUAGUUUUUCCUGCUCAUGUAAACGUGGCUACUCUGGAAAUGGAGCGACCUGCACUGAUGUAGAUGAGUGUCUGGAGACUGAGAGUAUGUGUGGUAUGAAUUCCCAAUGUACCAAUACUGAGGGGAGCUACAUGUGUACUUGUAGUGAUGGAUUCACUGGAAAUGGAUCCAACUGCUCAGAUGUUAAUGAGUGUGAGUUGGACCCCAGUGUCUGUGAGCCUCGACUGUGUGUCAACACUGAGGGGAGUUAUGAGUGUACAUGUCCCACUGGCUACAUGUGGAAUGAAACAGUGUGCAAUGAUAUGGAUGAGUGCCUGGGAGAGGUAUCAAAUGACUGCAGUGCAGCUGCAGACUGUUUAAACACUGCUGGGAGCUACAGUUGUCACUGCAAGCCAGGAUAUGGCACCAAUUGCUCAGAUGUUGAUGAAUGCAGUGGGAGAUCCCAUGACUGUAGCAAGAAUGCCGAGUGUCUCAACAUUGAGGGAGGCUACAACUGCCAGUGCUCAACUGGGUACACAGGCAAUGGCAAAGUCUGUGAAGCCCUGCCUGAUGUUAGGGGGCCAGAGGAACAGAAGACUGGUGAAAAUGGCUCUAACUUGGGACUCAUAUCAGGAGUGACAGUGGCAGGGUUCCUGGUUGUUGCUACUCUACUGAUAAUUGGAUUCCUCUGUGCUCUUAAAAUUAGAAAACACUCAAAGUCUAUGAAGGUUCCUCUAUCUAUCAAUGUUGCCUUCGGUAAGCCAAAUCAUAAUUUGCCUGCACUCUCUGAAAGCACAAAACAGACUCGUUUAACUUUAUUGCAAAGGCAGAUACAGAAAAAAACUUGUACAAAAGUCAGUGUAUAAAAAAUGUCCAUUCACCACACUUGCUACAGAGACAUAAAGAAAUCUGAUGCUGUAGGUAAUGAGGACUGCAACCUGUUGAGUCACACUGGAAGAGCUAAACCUGAUGUUAUCACCACAAGCAGCAAUGAGGCUUAUGACCUAGUGACCCACAGUGCAAGAGCUGAACCUUCUAUCAACACAAGUAGGAAUGA